AAAACAAAAUGUUAGAUUAUCUAGACUGUCAGUAUAGUCACUGUCUCGAGCGAAGUUACUCGAAUUGGCUAAAAUUGGUGGAAUAAACUGUUUCAAAAGGCGGAGAGAUUAGUUUAUGUAUCGCUAUCAAUUCUGCUGCUGUUUUUUUUUCUCUCCGAAAAUAAAGUUUGAAAAAAAGGCCAACGGAAUGUGAUUUAACAAGGAAAUCCACGGUUCGAGAGAUCGUUACGCUGUUCCACGGGAAUUCGAGUGGAUCGAAUCGUUAUUACGUGUUUCAAUGUAUUUCGUCAAUAUGUUGCGAAUGCGUAGUGAACAUAAUGAGGAGUAAAAUGCCACCAUUUCGAAGGAAAAAGUCUGGAAAAUCUUUCCCCGUUAAAGUCUGUACCCUGGACGCUGAACUCGAAUUCAGUUUGGAGUGGAGAUCAACGGGAAGAGAUCUGUUCGAUUUGGUCUGUCGUACAAUAGGAUUAAGAGAAACGUGGUAUUUUGGACUCCAGUAUGAAGAUGCUAAAGGAUUUAUAUCUUGGUUAAAAUUGGACAAAAAAGUACAAGAUCAGUGUAUUUCUCAGCAACCUACGACACCUUUUAUGUUUCUGGCAAAGUUCUAUCCCGAGGAUGUUGCUGAAGAAUUGGUGCAAGAAGUAACACAACACUUGUUCUUUCUGCAAGUGAAACAGGCCAUCCUUUCAAUGGAUAUUUAUUGUCCACCAGAGGCAUCUGUUCUGUUAGCUUCUUAUGCAGUUCAAGCGAAGUAUGGAGACUAUGAUGAAGUAUCAUACCGUCCAGGAAUGCUCGCUAGUGAGGAUUUGUUGCCACAGAGAGUUAUCGAUCAGUAUCAGAUGACGCCUGAAAUGUGGGAAGAUAGAAUAAAAAUUUGGUAUGCUGAUCAUCGUGGAAUGUCAAGAGAUGAAGCAGAAAUGGAAUAUCUAAAAAUUGCUCAAGAUCUUGAUAUGUAUGGCGUAAAUUAUUUCCCUAUUAGUAAUAAAAAAGAAACUGACCUUUGGUUGGGAGUCACGGCCUUGGGACUGAACAUUUACGAGAAGGAGAACAAGCUGGCACCGAAAACAACAUUCACGUGGUCGGAGAUACGACACAUCAGUUUUGAUGACAAGAAGUUCGUAAUAAAGCCGGUGGAGAAAACGUCGCCGAACUUCGUGUUCUUCUCGCAGAAAGUUCGGAUGAAUAAACUGGUAAAAAAACAGUCAGAUGUUGGCAGCUGGGUGAAGGGUUUGAUAGCUUUAGGAUUCGACGAACAAAACAAUGACAAAGCUGCUCACAUAUUAUUUGUUAAGAUCCUGGACCUGUGUAUUGGCAACCACGAUCUGUUUAUGAGGAGACGCAAACCUGAUUCUAUGGAGGUGCAACAGAUGAAAGCACAGGCCAAAGAGGAGAAGUCGAGGAGACAAAUCGAGAGAAAUAAACUGGCACGAGAAAAACAACUCAGAGAAGCAGCAGAAAGGGAAAAGGCUGCUAUGGAGCAACGUCUUCUGCAGUAUCAGGAAGAAAUUCGUCUAGCAAACGAAGCACUUAGAAGGUCUGAAGAAACUGCAGAUUUACUAGCAGAGAAAAGUCGCGUGGCUGAAGAGGAGGCCAUGCUAUUAAGUCAGAAGGCUUCAGAGGCAGAACAGGAGAUCACACGUAUACGAUUGAAUAAUAUGAAGACAGAAGAGGAAAAGGUUCACCUAGAACGAAAGACCAGAGAGGCAGAGUUGCUUACAGAAAGGCUGGUACAAGAAUCAGAGCGAAGAGCAGCAGAAGCAGAAAAAUUAAAAGAUGAACUGCUACGUGCACGAAUUGCUGAAAAGGAAGCAAAGGAAAAACUGUUGGAAUUCCUCAGCAGAAACGCUUAUACUGCUACUAUAACUCCUGUGCCAAAUCUAUUCCCAUCGACACAAGUACUUCCGUCAGAUUUGCAAGCGGAUCUUCAGACACUGCAAUUGGAUACUGAACCUCUGCCAGCUGACCUAACUUCAUAUGAUCUAAUUGCCGAUGGAGACGUCGAUCAGCUCUCCCUGGAAAUAGAGAAAGAAAGAGUCGAUUACUGGGAAAAGAGCAAACACUUGCAAGAGCAACUUAGAGAAUUGCGUACAGAGAUAGAAGUUAUGAAGGUCGGAGAGAAACAGUGCGAGUUAGAUCAAUUACAUGAAGAACAAGUGCGACUCGGUGAGAAUAAGUAUAGUACGUUAAAGAAAGUGAAGUCUGGGUCCACCAAGGCCAGAGUUGCGUUCUUCGAAGAAUUGUAGUUGAUGUGUUCUUAAGAGAUUGAAAAAUUGAACGGACGCUUUAUGGAGAGGAGAUGAAACGAAUAUGCGAUUGGGUAUGAAAUUUUUGAAUCUCAGACACGUACGUAUGUAUACGUUCUAGAAUACUGAAACGUACGCUUUCUGUUGUAGCAGUUUGAUUUACCCUCUAAUAUUAACAAUAUCGAUAUAAUUAGUAAAUCAUACUUAAAGCGCAGUAAAAUUGUCCCUCUUGCUUGAACUUAUAUUUGUUUCUAUCCCCUAUGUAUCUUUACCUAUUUUGUCGUGUUAACGUACAGUUUCUAAUAAUUUAGUAAGUCGAUUAGUAGAAUUUUGCAUGAAGUACAUACACAAAAAUCAAAAUUAUUAGUAGAAUUACUAGAUAUUAAUGAUUGUGUAGAAAUAAGCGAUUUUUGAAGUCGUAUAUUUUUUUUAAAGCUACGAUAAUUUCAAAAUACUGCUCCCUUUUUUAAACUUCAGCAUUCAGAAAGCAUGUAUUUCUUAAUAUUUUGUUAAAUUUUAAUAGAAUUGGAAUGAAUUUUAAUUCAAUUUUAAUACAUUUCAGUUAUAAUCUAGUAUUAUCAUAAUACAUGCUUAGGUACUAUUAUUGUUACUAUGUUAAUACUCUUUAACGUGAAGUGAUUGAAUGUGCCUAUAAGAAUUUGCAUCGUGCAUCGCAUGAUUGGUAAAGGAGCUUAUCGAAGACAGAGAAAACUGUAUUAAAGCUGCAGUCUAGUCAAACAACUUGAGAAAGUGAACUAACUGGCGACCAGAUUCUUCAUUGGUAAAGGUACAAAAAGAAACAAUAGAAAAUCUACUUAAUUCGAACAUUUAUAAAACGCAAUUGCUGCGAACAAAAAAUGUGAUUCUUAAUGAAAUUACGAAAGUAAACGAAAAAUUCCAGUGGAAUAUUAAUCAUAAUUUUAAAAGUCUGAUAAUGAUACAAAAAAAAUAACAUGUAUACUCAUACAUCAGUAUAAGCUUAUUUUAACAAAAUGGAGAGGAUAUUCUUUAUGUAAUUUUUACAUAAGGAAAGUAGAAGCUUUCUAUAAUUGCAAAUACGCGAGGAAUUGUUUAUAUCAACAUAAAAUCUUUCGAGAUAAUAAUGUAUAAUUAAGGUUUUAAGAUUUGUAUAUAUAAAAGAGUUAACAUAAAAUUUGAUCAGUGUAUGAGUAUAUAUAGCGAUAUUCUCGUCUUUUUUUUUAGAUAAUCUAUAUGUAAGUGCAAAUCAUUGUUAUUAAUUUUUAUGCCAUGAAACGUAACUAACAUAAUUGAUAUACGGUUAGUUUGAUUAGACUAGAGCGUUAGAACUUCUAUGCAUUAUUAAUCGUGGCCUUCGAAAAAAAAAUGUUCCUAUCAAUGUAGUAAGAAAGUCAGUGUUCAAGUAUUCUACUUAAUUAAGUAGGGCUUUCCAAGCAUUCUAAAAUGUAACAUAUCCAUCGAUUAUAAUAUAGAGACAAAUGUAUAUAAUACUUUCUGAACGAGAAAAGAUUUUAAUUUUUAUAUGAA